AUGGUGAACUACACCGGUGCCACGGCGAACUCAAACAUUGACAACCGAUCGAGUAACUACAUCGGCGUCAUGGUGAUAACCUUAACAUGGAUAGGUCGAUUUCUACUAGAGAAAUCUAGAGGGCUAGACGAGCAUGUGAGGAGCAGCGGCCUCGGCGGCAAGUUGGUCCCCUACGUCAAGCGUGUGGCGGCUGAGAUUUGCGCGAGGGCCCUCUUCUACCCUACCCUGUUCGUGAACAUUGGGCGCAACGUCAUAAAUCCGGAUUACCAUUGGCUUGAUCGCAUUGACCAGGAUAUUUUUCUAGGGGCAGUCCCUCUUCCUGGUAACGUGCCAUUGUUGAAAGAACUCGGGAUCAAUGCUGUCGUCUCACUCACCCAAUCAUACGAGACUUUGGUUCCAACAUCGACAUACCAGGCUCAUGGGAUCCAACACCUGGAGAUGCCAACUACUGACUACUUAUAUGCUCCUCCUCAAGAGGAAAUUUGUGAAGCAUUAUAUUUUAUCCACAAAAAUGCGCGACAUGGUGGUACUACUCUUGUCCAUUGCAAGGCUGGAAGAGCUCGAAACACUACCGUAGUUCUGUGCUAUUUGGUUAAGUACAGGAAAAUGACUCCUGAAACAGCUUUGCAGCAUGUAAUGUCUAUAAGGCCUUAAGUGAAAUUAGCAACUUCGCAAUGGAAGGCACGCAAUCCUAUCCGACAACUUUAUACUUCAUGA